GAUGCGGAAUUGAAGAAGGGUGCGUCUCCAUUGGUGAUUGGUUAAAUUUGGCUUACUCUAUCACACCUGCAUGUGAGAAUAGCGUCUCAUCUCGCUCACACCCUGCCGUCGUUUUGUUUCUCGACGAACCGACUGGCGACGAAGGCUGUAACGCGUUCUGCCAACCAUUCGCGCGGCGGCUUGGCCCCUAUUAAAACGUGUCAUCACGUUUCGAAGUAAACCGACAUCCGAAAAGUUUCCCCUAACUUGAAACUUGUGGACCAUCACUAAAAUAAUAACUCAUAUUAGAAAAUCAACUACAGUGCGGUGAUUUUGAGUGAAAAAAUCGUUAAAAGUGCAAUAGUGAAGUGUUUAUAAUUUUUUUUGCAAUCUUAAUUUACCGUUUCAAUUGAACGUUACUGUUUUGUUGAACAAAAAGCGCGUAAUAGCAUGUCGUGGACGCAAGAGAGGGCCGUAUAUGGUUAAGUUGAUUCUUCGGUCUGGCGUCCAUCGGUGAAAGUAGACCUUUGUUGAGUUCAUAAGGACACGGGCCGAUUGCAACUAGCUCGAAACGGCGUUUCACGUAUAGUUGCGAGACGAAGGUCGUGUCGGGGUCGCCGGUAACCAUGGCUGCCGGCGUGGAAACAAUCCCCUGAGUUAGCGGGCAGGGCGGAUGUCGGGCGGAGGCGGCGGCGCGGGGCUGAUGUCGUGCGUGCGCGAGGGCUCCCUCGAGCCGCCCUACCGACCGCCGCACGCCGAGACCAAUACCCAUGGCGAGGGCCGCACCGGUCGGUUCCUGCGCGGGCUACGGCGCAUGUUCAAGCGACGCGCCCGCGCAGACAGCUCGCCCGACCCCAAGAGCAGCUCCACCAGCGAGUUGUUGGAUGCUGAGCGGCACUGCAGGAGGAAAGAGGGCGCGUACGGCAGUGGGCUGUCGGUGUCACACGAUUCGGUGUUCACUGGCGAGCGAUCGGGCGAUGAGUCGAGCGACGAGCGUCCCACACCUGCACACGGGCGAGCGCACGUCUCUACAUCGCAUCGGGCGGAGUUAGUAGCGGCGGUGCGGCGGCGCGGGCGAGGUGAUAGCGACGAUGACGAGGACUUGGGCCUACCACGGAGUCCGCCGGCCUCCCCUCCCACGGAUAAGGCUGACAAGCGCCACCAUGCCGGCAUAUCGCAGUCGUCGUGCAGCGACGGCUCACUGCUCAGCGUGGGCUCGUCCGAGAUGGAUGAUGACAGCAGCAGCAGUCACCAGCACGACCAGUCGCGGAGUGACCACUCUGACGUCUACAAUUCUUCCGAGCCGCCACCGGGCGUGGCGCCACUGUCGCACUCAGCCGCACGUCACAAGAUGGCAGUGCGACCGCGCCGCACACACGGUGCGCCCAGGCGAAAGAAAGCCAACCCUAUAGCCGCGACAGCCUUGCCGAUAACUCCCGAGCUGAACGAAGAAAUGAUACGAAGCACUACUCCUGAAGUCGUGUCUAAAACCUCAGAAGUUGUUACUGAAUCAUUCUCUUCAUCGACCACUUCGAAGCAUCAUAUGAUUAUUAAGGAGCAACACCAUCAGCAACUGAACCGAGAGUUACAGAAAGUUCUCGAUACUCCAAGCGAUACCAAACUAAAAUCCUCCUCCCUACCCCCCGGACUAGCGUUAAGCCAACUUGUUGGACAGUCUCCUGCGAAACUGAGCAUUGCAGAGUCCAACACACCGAGGUCUUCCAUCAAAAGAAGCAAGUCAAGCACUCAAGACCAAUCGCUUAGAGAAAGUUCGCCAAAAAUACAGACAAACGAAGCUCACACCUACCAAUCCGAGGAGAGGAUUUCAAAGAGUCGCACUGACAAGAAGUAUGCCGAAGAAUCUUGCCUGGAAAAGAAAUCUAAGUCAGAAAAGAAACUCGAGAACGAAGUCAUAAGGUCUUCAAAGAAAGAGGAGUCGUUUUUCAGUAGACUACUGCUGAGGAAAAGUGGGAAGAAGUCAAAGAAGGAUCAGACGGACGGAGAGGGCCAACAAGAUGUUAAGAAAACGAAAAUGGAAAAAUCCACAGCACAAUAUAAGGCUGUAGACACAGAGAGAAAUUCAGGAUUUUACUACGGUGAACAAAGCCAAGGAUACAAACCUAUCCCCGCUGAGCGUUCGUACAAAUCUGCAGGCCAGAAAGUCUUCGCCAAUCAAAUGCACAAGAGAAUAGAUAAUAAGGGUGCUUACGUUCACGACGGAGCAUACAAAGAUGUGUACAGUGCUGCCAAAGUUGCCGGUGUCGAAUAUAGCAUAACUGAUCUUAAAGUUGCCGAGGAAACAGAUAAAAUGUUGAAUUUGGAAAUGAAGAAUAGAUUUAGUAGACGUGAAGAAUUUAGUGAAAGAGGAGAAAAGGCAAAGCGCUCUUCCUCCAAGGAAGUUAUUGAUGAAAGUAAGAGGGAAUCAUUUAGCUUGCACCAUGACAAAUCGAAAAGACCCGCUUCAGUUCAAAGGUUGAUUGACCCAUUUUCCACAAAAACAUUUUUAGUUAAUGAGUUAGCAAAUAGAGCUCAGGAGGAAAGUUUGUCGCCCACUUUCGAAGUUUCUGAUGAAGAACCUCCUGUAAGAGGAAUGAGAAUCAAAAGUGUCAACAAUGAUUACGUUUUCCACAGUGGAAGCAUGCCUAAAAAUAUUCCUUACUUCAAUCCGAGUGUUAUGAUAUCAUCUUCUCCUAACAGGAAUAUUACUCAUAGCUCAGAAAAUAUGAAGUACGUGAGUAGGUCAUCAGAAGUAUCCGAUUUUAGGGAAAAGGAAAUAGUUCCUAAACGUGAAACAAUAAAUCGUGGUAAAACAGAGGAAUCUUACGUUACAUCCGGUUUGAGAUCAUUAGGAGACGAGUAUGUUGAAACAAGGAGCAGCAUAGGUAAAUCACACAGUUUUCGAUAUGCAUCGGAAUCGCCAUCGCUUAGCUCGCAGGAAAAUCAGAUGCCUAGUCUUCCGGCAAUAGUUGGCAUUUCAGAGCCUUUGCUCGAAAGCUGGGAAGUGAAUUAUAGAAGGAACGUAAGCGAAAGACACGAUUACUCUAAGAGACUUUCUGCAAGAAAUUAUGGGUUGCUUCAAGGUAGUUCUGAAGCAAAUUACGACAGCUUGCCAAGCACUGAUAGUAGUUACCUUGACAGCCUGAAGCCCGACCUAAGCGAAGACAGAAAGCUUUUUACUAACAGCAUUCAAAUUACAAUGGACACACACAAACGUGAUAGUGACAUUUCUCAAAUAGAGGCUAAAAUCGAUGACAUUAUAAGUUCACCUAAACCUAUUAUGUCUCCAAUACUCAAAUCUAAUUCUUUAGACAGCGUUACAAGUAGCCCAGAAAAACCUAUUGAAGAUAGACGUAAAACUAUAUCUGUUGAAAGUGCAUUAGGACAGUCUAAAGCUAACCAUCAAAAAGAAAAUAAAGUUGACACUGAAGGUUUUAUAUCUGUUACACACAUAAAUAAAGAACAAACACCUAUCGCAAUUAAAAAUACAGAACCCUUGAAAACGAGUAAAAGUGAUGAAAAGAUCCAAAAAUCAGGGAGCACCAAACCAAGUGUACCUGAAUUUUUAAAUAUACAAUUGAACAAAGUUGAUUCAAAACCUGCCACAAAUGUGGUUCUUACUGCUAAUAUAACCCCAAAAAAAACGGAUAGUCCUCAAGCUGAAAAAGAUGAUAAUGUUGAAUGUUUUCUCGUGACAGAAACAAAGCCUACGCAGAACAUACAAACCAGAAAGGAUUCUUUUAAAAGAACUGAAGCCGUUGAUGCUCAAAUUGAAGAAAAAAUUAUCGUGAGUAGUUCAAAAGCUGUAGUGACUAAUGCGGGCAAUGUAACUCCACAAAGUCCUUCGACACCUAAACAUUUUUUCAAAAAGAAAUCAUUUAGCGUUGAUUCUCAAGAUCGACCUGAAAAAUCCAGAACCAGCUCCGUUAGUACAGAAGGCAGUACCGAAAAAAUAGAUGAUAACAUAUCCAUUGAUCAGAAAUCACGUUCUAGUUUCGGAAGUAAAAGCUCAAUCCAAAGUACCGAUAGCAAUGAAAACAGAACUCCCGACAGACAAGAGGAAACAGUUAUUUAUAGGAAAAAACAGAUUAUUGGAAAAGAAUCUCGAGGAGAUAGAAGAAAUGAUGAUGAGCCGGAACUAAUGAAAGUUUUCGCUAGACGAUCUCUUAAACUUAAAGAUUCUGAAGCCGAUCACAUAGCCCACGAAAUUGCUGAAGCCAAUGCAAUAGCAGCGAGGUCUAAGUUAUUGAAAAAUGAAUUCAACGCGUCUAUUAAGUCGAGAGACAGUGACAAAGAAAAUGAAGAAAUCAAGGAACAGAGCCCGGAAAAUAAAUUAGUUGAUAUCGCAGCAAGAGUCAGUCAGUUUGGAGUUCACUACCAAAGGAGCGUUAGCAUUAACAGUGUUAGUACUAAAAGAGACAGUGCACCGGUUUACAGAAACGAUGUAAAUAAAUAUAAGAAAGAGGUAUCAGAUUCCACACCUGAAAAAAGAUUAAGGAACAGAACAUUUCCGGAUUCAUCAAAUGAUAGAGAAGAUAUUAAAAGUAUAACCAAAAGUGAAGCGAUGGCUUUUAAGGCAGAUACUUUAACCAAACGGCCUUGGCAGAGGAAGGACGACUUUAGACAGUCUUUAGAAAAGGAGAAGCGCGAAAGUACUGUGAUAGAGAAAGACGGAGAUAACGAAAAGUGUGAAAGUGCGAUAGAGAAGGCUGUAGAGGAAGCUGAUGCCUCGCCGCAGUUCAAGGGUAUUUUGCAAAUGAGGGCGGAAUGGGAAAGGCGCGCGAAACAGGGGAUGACCAAAUAAACAAGGUGCUAAGCGUAAGGCUAGGACGUAGUUCCAAUUAUGUUGCGUUUUAUAUAUAAAACUCAUUCUUAGGUUUUAAGACAAAAUCAAUUCUGUUUUAGCAGAGUGACAUUGUAAUAUUAAUAGACUGAGAAUUAGUGGACUGUUGGUUCGGAGUGUUUUUAUUGGUCACACUUUUAUUUUAUAUUAAUACCACACCUUCAUAGAUUCUUUAAAGUGGAAUAGACACACCGUUUUUUCUCUUUCUGUCAUAAGGUUUCUGACAAUUUGAUGAAGAAAACAAAGCAUUGUGAAACUGCACAACCACUUUAUUGAGUUUACAUUUGUAAGGAGAUUAGUAUAAAGAUCAUGAAGCUAAUAUUCAAUAUUUAAGGUUCUUAGCGAUAACUUGGAAUAGUUAUUAGAGCACAUUCAUUAAAGUCGUAUCAACCAGAAUGAAGCCAAGAUGUACUAGACCCCAUGAGAUUAAAAAAAUGGUUAAUUUCGAUCAGUAUAAAACACUUCCCUUAUAUAAUUUCACUAGCUCUUAGAUAUUAAAGAAAUUGUAUUUAAAAAAAAUUGCUUGAUGCAAUAUCGUUAAAUUGUUGGAAAAUAGUAUUGUGAUGAAAUGUAAAUCUAUUGUCAUAGGAAAAUUUAAAUGAAUAUGAAGUUUAGAAUUAGACAUAGUCAAUAAAAAAAAAGUUUUUUUCUAAAGGUUGCAUUUAUCACAGAUUUUUCUGACGAUAUCAAUGUCUUAUUAGACUUAACACGAGUUAACGUUCAUUUAUUUCGAAAAUAAUAUUAAAUGUAAAUAAUUAAAUAGAUAAACAUCUAAACUGGACGGAGAAAUUGAAAUGUAAGCAAUCAAGCAGUAAGGAAAAUAUGCAUUUUUGGGUUUUAUCCCCACUCGCAAUGUGCAUUUUAUUAUUAAAUAUAAAAGUAGACAAAAAUCUAUGACAACGGUAACAUUAAUUAUCUAAACGUAGACACUCUUUAAGACCAUUUCUGCGUCCAGCGUAUUAUUAAUAGAUAUUAAAAAAAUACUAAACCCGCAUAUUCAUUUUAAAUGAAAUGUUAGUAAUAAAAUGAAUAAAUAAAAAAGAAGAAUAAAUGAAGGUAUAUUUUCAUAAUUCCACACAAGGAUAUUGCUGUAUACAACCGCGUAAUAAAACUAAUAUAGGUUCAUUUAUUAACAUUAAGUAGAUUUUCAAAAUAUUCUCAGAAUAACAUUAUAUAAAUAUAUAUAUAAUCUAAGUAACGUUCGUUGUUAAGACAAGUGUAUUUUUGAGUGUUAUUGCAAUGAUAUAGCGAUAGUUAUAUUUUAUUAAAGACUACAUUAUGUAUUAAACAUUUCUGAACUGUGAAAUACAAAUUUUAUUGCUAUAGUUUAA